CUGAUACACCCUAAGCCAGAGCAGCACACCCGGGAACCUAGCAGAGUUGCAGCGCCGCCCGGAUCCAAGCGCCGGGAGCCAUGUACGACCCAAAGCGCCGCUGGAGCCUGUCGUUCGCAGGCUGCGGCUUCCUUGGCUUCUACCACGUGGGGGCUACGCUGUGUUUGAGCGAGCGCGCCCCUCACCUCCUCCGCGAAGCGCGCACUUUCUUCGGAUGCUCGGCCGGUGCACUGCAUGCAGUCACCUUCGCAUGCAGUCUCCCUCUCGACCAGAUAUUGGAGAUCCUCAUGGACCUCGUGCGGAAAGCCAGGAGCCGCAACAUUGGUACCUUCCACCCAUUCUUCAACCUUAACAAGUGCAUCCGAGACGGGCUCCAGGAGGUCCUCCCAGACAAUGUCCACCAGAUCAUUUCCGGCAGGGUUUACAUCUCGCUCACCAGGGUGUCAGAUGGAGAGAAUGUGCUGGUGUCUGACUUCCAGUCCAAAGAUGAAGUGGUGGAUGCCCUAGUGUGCUCCUGUUUCAUCCCCCUCUUCUCUGGCCUAAUCCCUCCUUCCUUCAGAGGUGAGCGGUACGUGGAUGGAGGAGCAAGCGACAACAUCCCUGUGCUAGAUGCCAAAACCACCAUCACAGUGUCCCCUUUCUAUGGCGAGCAUGACAUCUGCCCCAAAGUCAAGUCCACCAACUUCUUCUAUGUCAAUAUCACCAACCUCAGUCUCCGCCUCUGCACUGGGAACCUCCAUCUUAUUUCCAGAGCAUUCUUCCCACCUGAUGUGAAGAGGAUGGGAGAGCUGUGCUUUCAAGGGUACCUGGACGCCUUCCGGUUCCUGGCAGAGAACGGCAUCUGUAAUGGGCCCCAGCCCAGCCUGAGUCUGUCUAUAGAGGAGAUGGAGCCUGAAGGCCCAAGACCCUGCUUAGAAAACAGCAGCCUCUUAGGGGACAAGCUGCCAGUCAGCCUGUGCCUUACCGCUGUACCCUGGGAUGAGAAUAUCCGGAAGACCCUGUCCCCCAAACUCAACACAGCUUUGAGUGAAGCAAUUAAGGACAGGGAGGGCUACCUGAGCAAAGUCUGCAACCUCCUGCCCAUCAGGAUCCUGUCAUACGUCAUGCUGCCCUGUACUCUACCCGUGGAGUCGGCCAUCGCUGCAGUCCACAGGUUGGUGAUGUGGCUUCCUGACAUCCCUGAUGAUAUUCAGUGGCUACAAUGGGCCACAUCCCAGGUUUAUGCCCGAAUGACGAUGUGUCUGCUUCCCUCUACCAGGUAAAUAC